AGGCAUGGAGAUUUUGGCAUCUGAAAAGAGGAAGAAACUAUAUAAGGCAGAGUGAUAGGCAUUAUGGUCCUUUACCGUUUUACUCUAACACAAAAUUGCAAUGGCCACCGUAGCCGCUGCUGCUACCCUUGCAGACGAACCCCCCAAGAAGAACCGAAUUCAGGUUUCCAAUACCAAGAAACCUCUUUUCUUUUACGUCAAUCUCGCCAAGAGGUACAUACAACAGCACAAUGAGGUCGAGCUUUCUGCUCUUGGAAUGGCUAUAGCUACCGUUGUCACAAUUGCGGAGAUUUUGAAGAACAAUGGACUUGCCACUGAGAAGAAAGUUCUGACAUCUACUGUUGGCAUGAAAGAUGAGAACAAAGGUCGUCUGGUGCAGAAGGCAAAGAUUGAAAUUGUGCUGGGGAAAUCUGAGAGGUUUGACAAUCUGAUGAGUUCUUCUAGCAAAACUGAACCAGAAGCAGCAGCUGCUGAGGACAAAAAGUGACAGAUAUAAGACAGUCCGGUUAAUGUGACACUACUGUAGUUAACACUCUGAGUCUAUUGUACUGCUUGCAUUCAUAGACGUAAAUAGGGGAGUUGAAAAGGGUCGUAAAAUUACAAUGAUAAGGCAGCAAUGUGUGGUCAAAGUUGUAGAGCACAUAUUUUCAUUAUCAAUUUAGAUUGUAUUUCUUCACUGCACAUAUACGAUUGUGAUGGUGAGCACUUUACUGGUCACUCUUGAGCUCUGAUUUU